AUGGCCGCCGGCGCGCCGCUCAGGCCCGGAGCGGACGCGGGGGCGGCACCGGACGGCCAAGAGGACCCGGAGCGGAGGCCACUGGACCGCCCGCCCGCGACCCCACGCUCGUCUGCGUCUUCUCACGCCUUGCCCCGCCCCAGCGCGCUGACGUCAGCCGCACGGCGCCGCACCCUCGGUCCCCGGGCCACGGCCCCGCCUCCGGAGCGUCACCAGUCAGGACCAAAGGCGGGGCUGAGGAGACACGCUCUCAGGAGGGGGCGGGACCGAGUCGGGCGCGCGCCGAGGCGCUGCACCUGUUGGUGCGCCCAGCCGACGCUGCUGAGGCCCCGCGCAGUGUACCUUUCCCUCAGGCAGAGGCUAUCUUUGACCCUUCGGACGCCUCUCUCGAUUUUGGGGACCAGUAGGACUUUGACAUACAUCAGAGAACAUUCUAUCGUGGAUCCAGUGGAAAAGAAAAUGGAGCUCUGCUCCACCAAUAUCACACUCACAAAUUUGGUGUCGGUGAGUGAGAGGCUGGUGUACACAUCCCACCCGGAGGACCCAGGAAACGCGCUCUCCUCCAGGACCGUGCUCACUCAGGAAGCUGUCAUCACCGUGAAGGGAGUCAGCCUGGGCAGCUAUCUGGAGAGUUUAAUGGCCAACACGAUAUCGUCCAAUGCAAAGAAGAGGCUGCUGUGCUGGAGGCCUGUGGAGAAUCCCGGCUUCUUCAGUGGUCGUUACCAUCCCACAGCACCCCAGACCAGGGCUGGGCCGCUAUUGAGUGGAUAAUUGAAAAUGCGGAACGCGCACUGAGCUAACGAGGCCUGCAGCGUCCCCUGUGCUUAGCGGCGGUAACUACAGGAUUCCUGAACCGGGAGGAUGUGGCGCCCACUGGGCUCCCAGCGGCGUGUGCGGCCUGCGUGCUGGGAGGGGUCUGCGGGAUGCACCUCUGUGCGGGGCCCCGCCCUGUAGAGAAAGACCGAACUGGUUUCAUCCUCGUCCUGAUGCACCAGCUCGUUUUGUGGCGA